AUGGACACAAACGCCGUGAUCUCGCUCGUCGACCAUCUGGAGGAUUCCAUUGACGAUCUCGAGGAGGCUCUUCAACCACUGUUAGAGGGCGCCUUGGCUGCCACGGCCAAAAAACUCCCAGUGCUGGACCGAGCAAAACUCAAUGUCCUUCUCGUAUACUCUAUCGAGUCAUUGCUGUUCUCGUACCUCAAACUCCAUGGAGUCCAAGCCAAAGAUCAUGCCGUUUUCAGAGAAUUGACAAGGGUAAAGCAGUACUUUGAAAAGAUCAAAGAAGCCGAGACUGUACCAGACGCGCGGCCGACACUCACGCUGGAUAAGGAGGCGGCGGGAAGGUUCAUAAAACAUGCUUUGGCGGGUAAUGAGAAAUUCGAUCUCGAACGCGCCGAACGCGCAGCACGAGAGCGGGUUCUAGCGAACCAGAAAUUAAAAUCUCUUGAGGCGAGCAUGAAAGCGAAGGCAAUAGCACAAGAAACCCACGAAUCCGUGGAUGUGAACACUGCCCUUCAGCAGGCCGCCCAACUGGCCUCAGUACGACCGUCGGAUUCCGCGGGCGACUCUUCCUCCAGCAGUGAAAGCGAGCCUAAUGACGCAAGCGCCUUGGUCAAGCCCGAGCAGACACCAUCAUCUACCUCGACUCCGGUCACUUCCUCACAGAAGAAGGCGAAAGCGAAAUCGAAGCCAACAAAGGGAUCUACUGACCCUUCCAAGGUAGCAGUGUCCCAGUCACCGGCCCAACAGGGCAAGAAGCGAAAGGCGAAACCCACCCAGGAGGAGCAAGAGGCUAAAAAGCAAAUAAAGCAAGAGAAGAAGGCUAAGAAGGCGCAAAACAAAGCGAACGACAAGGCAAAACAUAAGGUCAAACCCGAGGCCAUAGGCGAUUAG